UGGCAACGUCCACAUUUUCCCUUCUGAGUUUUGUCAAAAUCUGUCAAAUAAACAACUAAUGGGGUUAUGGUUUUUGUUUUUAAAAAUAAAUUUGUUCAAUUUGUUGGUGUUAAUGAAUAUUAUUGAUAAAUCCUAGAAUCUAGAUUCAAAAAGGGGAUCCUUGACAUAACCAAUAAUGAAGAAAAAGGUGUUACUAAUGGGAAAAAGUGGAUCUGGAAAAACCAGCAUGCGAUCCAUAAUUUUUGCCAACUAUAUAGCCAGAGAUACUAGACGUCUUGGGGCUACAAUUGAUGUGGAACAUUCUCACGUAAGAUUCCUUGGCAACCUAGUGCUAAACUUGUGGGACUGCGGCGGUCAAGAAGCUUUCAUGGAAAACUAUUUCACGUCGCAACGCGACAAUAUUUUCCGUAACGUUGAAGUCCUCAUUUACGUUUUUGACGUUGAAAGUCGUGAGCUUGAGAAGGAUAUGCACUAUUACCAAUCAUGCUUAGAAGCCAUACUACAAAAUUCUCGGGAGGCCAAAAUAUUUUGUUUGAUACACAAAAUGGAUUUGGUGGCAGAGGAACAGAGAGAUGUAAUUUUCAAAGAACGUGAAGCGGACUUGAUAAGACUGUCUAAACCGUUGGAUUGUACUUGUUUUAGGACUUCCAUUUGGGAUGAAACGCUUUAUAGGGCUUGGUCUAGUAUAGUGUAUAUGCUAAUACCUAAUGUUAGAGAAUUAGAAACUAGUUUACAACAAUUUGCCAACAUAGUUGAUGCAGAUGAAGUUUUACUAUUCGAAAGGGCGACAUUUUUAGUGAUAUCUCAUUGCCAAAGAAAAGAACACAGGGACAUUCACAGAUUCGAAAAAGUCUCGAACAUAAUAAAACAGUUUAAGUUGUCUUGUUCGAAGUUGGCAGCUCAGUUUCAAAGUAUGGAGGUGCGUAACGAACUUUUUGCAGCUUACAUAGACAUGUUCACUAGCAACACUUACGUGAUGGUGUGCAUGUCUGAUCCGCAGAUUCCUUCUGAAGUUACACUUAUCAAUAUCAGAAACGCUCGAAAACACUUUGAACAACUGGAAAAGGUUUCUAAUAGUGGUGUUUUAGGACGGUAAUUUUAAUUUUAGAUUUUGUGUUUUCAUAUUAAUUUCAACAAUAAAUUAUUUUCUUGUUAUUGAUGUACCAGUGUAAGUUGAAAAGCCAUACAUUUUAAUUGUUAAGAAAAAAGAUUAAAUUUAUAUUGUUAUAUUAUAAUUAAUUUAUGUUCUAUA